AUGUUUGGUACCACCCUCUUUGCGAAAAUGUUGAAAGAUGCCAUCCUCCCGUUUAAUACACAAAUGAUGGUGUCGAGAACACUCCCGUCAUUGAUCUUAGUUGGAGCUGGAACAGGCAUUGUACCUUUUGUAAAUGCCGUUCACCAGCUUAUGCGUCACCGUCAAAACGUUAUGGAGUCGAAAAUUCAACUCCCCAAUUGUUGGGUGGUGUACGGUGCAAGGAAUUUUGCGGAGCUUGUAUACCACAGAGAACUGCAGGAAGCCUUUGAGUUACAUGCCAUUUCUCGUUAUGAUGUGGCACUUUCACGUUCAAGUAAUGAGGGGUAUCCCAAGUACGUCACGGACGUCUUGGAUUCAAAUGCUGAGGAGAUUCGAUGUGCGCUUCUGGAGAACAGCGCUAGGCUGUUUGCCUGUGGACCGACGACAGCUUUGAAAUCAUUACGAGAAAGGCUGGCAAAUCAUAUUUUGCGCCUUAGCGAGGAUGACGAGAGCGCUAGAGAACAACGCGUGUUACUAUUGGAGAAAAAAGGUCAGCUUAUGUUUGAUGUUUGGGCGAAGGUGAACAUUUUUGAGUAA